AAAGAUGGCGAUUUGCUGAGUGCUCAUGGAUGUACACAUUUCUCGGCUAGUUGCGAUCUGACCCGAAACAACGAGCUCCCAGAGGAACUAGCCGCCCGGCGAGGUCCCGCGUGUCCCCCCCCGGAGGGAAGCCCACCCUGCCGCCGCCAUGCAGAUCACCCUGAAGACCCUGCAGCAGCAGACGAUCCAGAUCGAGAUAGACCCCGAGCAAACGGUGAAGGCGUUGAAAGAGAAGAUAGAGGCAGAAAGAGGUAAAGACAACUUCCCCGUGUCCGGCCAGAAGCUGAUCUACGCCGGGAAGAUCCUGCAGGACGACACGCCCAUCAAGGACUACAAGAUCGAUGAGAAGAACUUUGUGGUGGUGAUGGUGUCCAAGGCCAAGCCUGCAGCUGCCGCCUCGCCCCCGGCCUCAGAAGCUCCCAAGCCCCCAGUGCAGGACUCUGGCUCCACGUCAACAGCUGUGCCGGCCACAACCCCGGUCCCGGCGCCAACCCCAGCAGCUGCCCCCAUCCCCCCCGAGGAGGCCAAAGAGGAGCCAAGUGCCGCAGAGACAGAACCACAACAACCGGCCAGCUCCAGCGGUGGGAGCCAGGGCUUGGAUGCCGCCUCAGCACUGGUGACUGGGGCCGAGUACGAGGCGAUGCUGACGGAGAUCAUGUCUAUGGGCUAUGAAAGGGAGCGAGUGGUGGCUGCACUACGGGCCAGUUUCAACAACCCCCACAGAGCUGUAGAAUACCUCCUCACUGGUAUCCCCAGCAGCCCGGUCCAGGAGAGUAAUCCCCCGGUGCCGGCCCCUGUAUCUGGACCCACGUCUGAAGCCCCGUCUCUAGCAGAGGGAGAAAAUCCACUUGCAUUCCUGCGGACCCAGCCCCAGUUUCAGCACAUGAGACAGGCCAUCCAGCAGAACCCUGCUCUGCUGCCUCAACUGCUGCAGCAGCUAGGAAGAGAAAACCCUCAACUCCUGCAGCAAAUCAGUCAAUAUCAGGAGCUGUUCAUCCAGAUGUUGAACGAGCCAGCGGGGGAGGGAGGAGACUCACCAGAGGUUGGAGAGAUGGGGGCGGCGGGGGAGGAGGGCGCGCCCGUCAACUACAUCCAGGUUACACCUCAGGAGAAGGAAGCCAUCGAAAGGUUAAAAGCGCUGGGCUUCCCCGAGCCGCUGGUGAUCCAGGCCUUCUUCGCCUGCGAGAAGAACGAGAACCUGGCGGCCAACUUUCUCCUCAACCAGGGAAUGGAGGAUGACUGAACACAGAUCACUGCCUUCCUGCUCCUCCCUCCGAACCUCCUUCCCCUCUUCGGCUCAUUAUAAAGACGGCACCACCCCCCCCAAUUUUACUGUACAGCUACCAACCUACGCUCGGCCCACCAGGAGAGGAGGAGAGGGGGGAGAGCCAGCAGGGGUGUG